AUGGCCGAAGCAAACGUGCCUGCGCUUGCGGGGGCCGGUGACUACGACAAGCACAAGAAGAAGGGCCCAUGGACCGCCCCCUGCGACAGCGAGGGGCUUGUGAGGGACACGAUCAGCAUGAAGGCCUACACGACGAAGGGCGUCGCCCUCUGGAGCGUUCAUCCCGAGAGCCCCGGUCUCAACCCAGCGGAGAUGUUCUCGGGAUGGCUUCGCAAGAAGCUUCGUUCGAUGGCCUUGCAGGAUUUGCGCCAGAAGAGCCAGCCCCUGGGCAAGACGGCCUACACCGUCAGGGUCAAUGGGGUCCUGAAGUCGGCCUAG